AUGUUUUAUCAUAUUGCAUUUAUUCUUCUUCUUUCCACUCUUCCCUCGCCGUCUUUUGCGGCUUCUAUUGUUCGAGGCCCAUAUCCCAGGAGCUCGAAUCAAGGGCCAUCCACCGUCGUCGGACCUGUGACUGAUCUCAAUAUUGUUAACAAAGUUAUCGCACCCGAUGGUUUUGAGCGUUCCGCUACUCUCGCCGGCGGGACAUUCCCAGGUCCUAUUAUCAAGGCCAAUAUAGGGGAUCAUUUCAGCGUCAACGUACAUAAUCAGUUGGUAGACAAUUCGAUGCCGAAAGUAACCAGUAUACAUUGGCAUGGCAUUUUCCAGCAUGGGACUAGUUAUGCUGACGGCACCUCCUCCGUCACCCAAUGUCCAAUUACCGCUAAUCAUUCUUUCCAGUAUAACUUUGACGUUCCUGACCAGUCGGGUACCUACUGGUAUCAUUCUCACUUUUCGACGCAGUACUGUGAUGGAUUGAGAGGUCCUCUGGUCAUCUAUGACCCGAAUGAUCCUCUUGCGUAUAUGUAUGAUGUGGACGAUGAAACAACCAUCAUAACUUUGGCUGACUGGUAUCACGAUCCCUCAUCUGAAUUGAACCAAAUCAACGGCGCUGUUACUGCCAAUUCAACGCUCAUUAAUGGACUCGGACGGUACCCUGGUGGUCCCGCCUCCGCAUUAGCUGUAGUCAACGUCCAGCAAGGAAAACGAUAUCGCUUCCGUUUGAUCAGCAUGUCAUGUGACCCUAAUUUCAUCUUUUCGAUCGAUGGGCAUAACAUGACCGUCAUUGAAGCGGAUGGGAUUGAGACGGAACCUGUCGAAGUGGACUCUAUUCAAAUAUUCUCCGCUCAGCGCUAUUCUGUCGUCUUUACCGCCAACCAGCCGGUGGAUAACUAUUGGAUCCGUGCAGAGUCAAACCUACCCAAUCAGACCUUUGCCGGUGGUCUAAACUCUGCUAUUUUGAGGUAUAACGGUGCUCCCGCACUCGACCCGACCACCGAAUCGACAAUUCAAAAUCUCCUUGUAGAGAGUGAUCUUCACCCUUUGAUAAACCCUGGCGCACCGGGAAUACCUGAAAUUGGCAAGGCAGAUAUCAAUAUCAACUUUGACAUCGACCUAUUGCCCUCCGGUUUGUUCACUAUGAACAGCGCAUCUUUCGUAACGCCCGCGGCUCCCGUACUCCUUCAGAUCCUUAGCGGGAGCCAACAUCCCAUGAACUUGUUGCCAGCUGGUAGCGUGUAUACUCUGGAGCCUAACAAAACGGUCGAAAUAUCCGUACCUUACUCAGCCUCGGCUCUUGGUGGACCUCACCCAAUGCAUCUUCAUGGUCAUACGUUCGAUGUUAUCAGAACUUCCGGAAACAGCACUCCCAACUUCGUAAACCCCGUUCGCAGAGAUACGGUAUCGCUAGGAGGAAAUCCCGGGGACAAUGUCACCUUCCGUUUUGUUACCGAUAAUUUCGGACCGUGGUUCUUCCAUUGUCACAUCGACUGGCAUCUCAACAAAGGAUUUGCUGUUGUAAUGGCAGAGGCUCCCAAGGAAAUAAAGAACCAUAGUUCGAGUGUUCCUGCUGCGUGGGACGAACUUUGCCCCUUGUAUGAUGGUUUGACCGGAGCUCAGCAGUAAUCAAGUUUAAUGGAGUCUAAGAUAUCUUGGUAAUUUACUAUAUAAUGCAACUUGCUAUAAUUUUGUUACGUCUCCCCUACUCUGUCUUUACUUUCUUGGUUUUUUUUUUAUGUCUGUCUGUCUUUGUAAUGGCUAUUUAAUAAUGCGUGAUAUUGAUUAUCACUGAUUAAUCGAUU